UAAACCGUACACGAGAGUGGAAGUAUUGUGCGCGUGAUUCUUGUCGAACGUCGAGGUGUGUGUUUGUCAACGCGAAGAAGCUUCCAGUGGAGCAGCGCACAGUGUUUACAGAGAACAUCGACGGGAUUUACCGACCGGAUGGACGGCGUCGGUCCUCAACAACGGUCAGCAUUGUGAAUGAAGGAGUACGUUCUAAGAGGGGAAUACAGUGUGUGUGACGUCCGUGAAGAAGACGUCGAAGAAGCGACUGCGCUGAUAACACUCUGUUUUGAUUAGUUUAGCGUGUACAACUAUUGGGAACAGACGAGGUCUUGGAGCCGCGUAUCAGUAACGUUCCGGGCAUUGUUGUGAAGAGUCAGAGUGAGUGCGGCUUCGCUAUUUCUGGAUUGCGUGUUUCGCGAGCGUAACCUACUGAUACCAUGGGAAUGUGGCGGCACUUUAAGUGAGUUCUGUGAAAAGAAGCAAAGUGAUUGUUGUGGAGACAGCUUAACCGUAAGCGAAGAGAGAUAAGGGGAUUUGCUAAAAUCCGUGUGUGUCUUGGAGGAAGAAAUUUGGAGUUCAAGACAGUGGAUUAUUUGUGUGUGCAGAGCUACGGCCUGUUGCAACUGUCAGGAAAAUGAUUUAACGAACAAAUUGUUCGCCGAUUGCCCACGGAACACCAACGGAGUCUGUGCGCCUGUUCACCGAACCGGAAACGCGCUUGGAGAUAACCUUUUCUUGGAUUGAAUCAACGACAGCCACUGAGGCAUAACAUAGGCGGAGACCCGAGCUACUACAUCAAGAUGCUGAAACACGUGCAGGUCUCGCCGAUGCGCAGCCGGUCCGACUCGCUGUCGAUGCGAUCGUCGACCUCGUGCGCGUCCUCCCUGUGCGGAAGUCCCGAACCGCCCAACGAGCAACUGCGAAGCCACUCGCGGGCGUCCAGCUACUCGAGCCUGAACGAAACCAUACCGCAGACCACCAUCAAAAUCUACACCGCCUGUCUGCGCCAGGACAUCGAGUACAAAACGUUGGGAAUCUCGUACGACGCCACCAGCAAGAGUGUCGUGCAGCAGUUGCUGCGACGAUGCAAAAUGCGACACCGAGACCCCCGGCUGUUCUACCUGACGAUGGAGGUGACCGUGCGCCGGCCGGGCGUCAAAUCUGUACUGGAGCUCGACGACGAAGCCCGACCGGCGCUGUUGCAGGCGUGCCAUCCCAAGGGGGACUCCAGAUUUUGCCUCCAGCAAAAACCUGGCGGUCUGAUCCGGGUGCACACGUCCGCCCUCCAGCCCAACUCGCAGUACAAGUCGCUGCUCAUCUCCGAGGACACCACCUCGGACGAGCUGCUCUCGCUGCUCCUCUCCUGCUACAACUCCAUCGAACCCGUCGAGCAGUUCUCCCUGUACGAGGUGUGCCCCGGCCAGGAGUACCAGCGCAAGCUCCACCCGGACGACCUCCCCCUCAAGACCCAACUUCAGCGCCAGCAGAAGAACGAAAUUAUGCACUUUCUGGUGCGGAGGAACCCGAACUACCCCCGACGGCGCCAAAUGCUCGCUCCAAUCUCCGAAUCCACCAAGCACUUUAUCAUCAGCCCGAACGGCCACCACCGGUUAUCGCUGCACUCGACGACCUUCCCGCUGAGCGCCGUUACGACCCCCACCAACACGCUCAUCUCGGACAUCGUGGACGGAGUGUCCUCGCUGAACACGCUGCCCAAAGGUCGACUAGCAUUACGCGAGUCCUGCCUGUCCAGCUCGUCCUCCAGCUCAUCCUCCUCAACGACCUCCUCCUCCUCUUCCUGCUCGUCAAGUUCCGCCAGCACCUCGUCCCUCGAGGACAACAACAACGACGACCGAACGAGCUGUGCGGACGCCCAGUGCCACCGGGACGAACCUCCCGCCAUCAAGUCCAAGAACCUGGACCGGUCCGUCCAGGCACCGCCCCGCCCAUCCAAAGCCUCCCUCCUCCCCUCGCUGCUGACCGCCCCGAACGCGCCCUCCUACAACCCCGUAUACAACAUCCGGGAAAUUCGAACCGUUUGCAACUCCUUCUCCGCGCUCGGAAUCGACAAAAAGCUGGUGGACAUCAGCGGAACGACACCGGGCUCGACCGCCCCAAUCGUGCGCAGUGCCAUCGUCAAGGAGGCCGUCAACACGGACCCGAUGAAGGGGGUGGGAAAUUUCAUCUACAUUUGAGCGACCAUCCCGCCCCAGGGGAAAUCGAGACAAAGAGAGCAGAGUUCUAUUAUUAUAUAUUUUGUUUCAUCCUAGUCAAAGUUAUUAAUGUUAUUAAAUCGAUUUUAUUUGAUGUUUUUUUUCUGCUGCGAAAAAAUAUAAUUCUGUUUCGUGGUCCUGCGAGAGUGAGCUUCGCACAAAGCGAUCAAAGAAAUGAUGAGACUCGAAGUGUGGUCUCACAACAUAAAUCACGGAAGAAGAUGUAAUUCAAGCCAAAAUGGAGAAAACGAACCCCCUCGUAACUGCUAAGGUGUAAAGUUCUAAUUUUUGUACUCAACUCCGUAAUCGAAUCUGUAAAGUUAGUUAAGAGAAAGAAAGCAAAUAACCCAAAUCGCCCUAAUCCCACGUGUCGUCAGCGUUGUGACAGCUUGUCAUGCGAACCACUUUGAAGAAUCGUGUAAACAAAAACAAAUCUAUGGAUGACAAGUCUCCACAACGUUGACAAAUACACCGCUGCUAGAAGAAUAGAAAAGAAAAGUUAGUUUAUUUUUUUCGGAAACGAGCGCUAGAUGCCAAAGAAAUCAACCGUUAGCGUGUGUUAGUAUGUUUUGAGCAAAGUCUCUUUUCAAAGCGAAUCAAUAGAACCAAAUAUACACAAAUUCUCAGUUAAACACACUUAAGCAAACCUCCAAUGAAAGUCAAUCGAGCUAUAUUAUCGUACAGGUGAAAAUAUAUUAAAUAAUCUCAGAGCGUAGUCAACGAUUGUAUUGAAUUUGCUAAACUCUUUUUUUUUUGCUAGUUAUGAAGUUAUUUUUGUAAACCCACACAGAAACACAUACUCCACGAAACCAACACAUACACAAACACACAAGCUUGUAUAAUGUAAAUGAUUAUUUAGCUUCUAAGACGAGCAAACCCCGUCCAAGGUUUGCGCCAACCUGCCCAAAAUAAAGUACGAGGACAACGAAGAAAUAUCGUUGAUUGAGUGAAAAUUAAAA